UUUUUUAAUCAGAAUUGUAUAGGUGCAAUUGAUGGAACACAUGUGAGUGCAUGUGUCCCUGCAGAUAAGCAAGUCAGUUACAGAGGUCGAAAAAAUGUAGUAACACAAAAUGUUUUAUGUGCUUGUAACUUCGACAUGUUCUUUACUUUUGUAUCUGCUGGUUGGGAGGGCACUGCAAAUGAUUCCAGGGUGUUUAUAGAUGCAAUUACAACACCUGAAUAUAAGUUUCCACUACCUAAAGAAGGUGAAUAUUAUGUUUUGGAUUCUGGAUUUCCAUGUACAAAAGGUUUUCUCCCACCAUAUCGUGGUGAAAGAUACCAUUUGCAAGAAUACAAUAGUGGACGUAAUGGACCGCGUGGCAUGAAAGAACUAUUCAAUUAUAGACAUUCUUCACUUAGAAAUGUCAUUGAACGGUGCUUUGGUGUGCUAAAAGCUCGUUUUCCGAUAUUAAAGAUGAUGCCACCUUACAAAUUGAGUUGACAAACUUUAAUAGUAAUUGCUUGUUGUACACUUCAUAAUUUUAUUCGACAACGCACCCAAUAUGAUCAUAUGUUUAGAGAAUGGGAAGAAAAAGAACUUGAGAGUGAAGACAACAUAGAAGGGUGUGAAACCAGUGUGUCAAGAUAUGAAGUUAAUUUGUCUGAUGAAUCUGCUGCGGCAAUGGCACGUGUUCGAGAUCGUAUUGCUCAAACUAUGUGGACGACUUAUAAUAAUAGAAAUUAGUCAAUUAUAUUUUAAUGUUUGAUAAUACAUUCAAGAUUAAAUUUAUUUUUAUAAGGAUAUAUUGUAGACUAAUGGUUAUUUUAUAUCUAUUUUAGAUUAAAAAAUUCUUUAAGAAUUUUAUAAUUAUAUUUUUAAGUAUUAUAAUAUUAUAUUUACUUAUUAUUUAAAAUUAUUUUUUUUAAAUAAAUUAGAUAUUAAUAUGUUAUUGAAUUAAAUUAAAAUUUGUAAUGUUUAUGUUUUUUUUGAAAAAAAAAACAG